CGGACUGAUUAUUACUGACUGCAGCUUGAAAUGUCCUCUGGGCUGAAGUGCACUUAAAGCACCUGAAGUGCUGUACGUGUCAGUUUUUGGCGUGCUGAUGGUUCACAUCGAAUCCCCAUAGGAACAUAUCUUGUCUUCUUGAAAAAAGAAUGAAGUUGCCCCUGUGCUGCUGUGCUUUGCUGGUUCUCGUCCUCACAACCAGCUUCUGCCAUGGAGGCAACAUCUUGGUUUUUCCUGCAGAAGGUAGCCACUGGAUCAACAUGGACAUCCUGCUUCAAGCUUUACACUCCAGAGGACACACCUUGACUGUUCUGCGCUCAAGCAAGAGUUGGUACAUUAAGGAGCACGCCCCCCAUUACAAGAGUUUCACCGUUCCUGUGGAGAGAAGCAUGGAUCAGAAGUUAAUUACAAAAUUUAUAUCGGAAUUUAUUCAAUACCAACGCGGGGCUCUCCCUAUAGAGACCUUCCUGCAUGUGAGCCUCGGCAUGGUUGGUAAAUUGAGGGAAGCUCAUGAACCUGUGGGUGAAUUUGUGACAGCUGCAAUGAAUGACAAAAGUUUGAUGAAAACCUUUAAUGAAAGUAAGUUUGACAUGAUGCUUACUGACCCGUGCUGGGGGGGCGGAGUCAUUCUGGCUAGAUAUUUGAAUCUGCCCGUGGUUUUUAAUGUCCGCUGGUUGGUACCUGAAGAGGCUCAUUUUGCCAUCGCUCCUUCACCUUUAUCCUACGUUCCAAUCGUAGGAUCAGGAAAUACUGACAGGAUGACCUUCUUUCAAAAAGUUACAAAUGUGUUUUUGUACCUUGUGACACAACUGCAAACUUAUACAGCUGUUCAAUAUGUCUACCAGCCAGUAUGUGACCAGUUCCUUGGACCUAAUCAUGACUUUAAUUAUUUGGUUCUUGAUGCAGACAUUUGGCUGAUGAGAACAGAUUUUGUCUUUGAUUAUCCACGUCCCACAAUGCCCAAUGUUGUGUACAUGGGAGGGUUCCAGUGUAAACCUGCUAAACCACUUCCUGAACAUUUGGAGGAGUUUGUGCAGAGUUCUGGAGAACAUGGAGUCAUCAUCAUGUCUCUGGGAACCUUUGUCAGUGAACUUCCUGAUGAUGUGGCGAAUGAGAUCGCUGCAGCUUUUGCUGAACUGCCACAGAAAGUUAUCUGGAGGUACAAAGGUAAAAGACCCUCCACUCUGGGUAACAACACUUUAGUGGUGGACUGGAUGCCUCAGAAUGACCUUUUAGGACAUCCUAAGAUCAAGUUGUUUGUGGCUCAUGGAGGAACUAAUGGAGUGCAGGAGACUUUGUAUCAUGGAGUCCCAGUUGUGGGUCUUCCCUUGUUCUUUGACCAGUAUGACAAUCUUCACCGACUGCAAGCAAGAAAAGGAGGUAAAAUUCUCUCCAUAGCCACAGUGGACAAAGACAACUUCCUGAAGGCCAUGCAGGAAGUCCUGACUGAUCCCUCGUACAGGGAGAACAUGCAGAGACUCUCCAGGCUGCACAGAGAUCAGCCGGUGGAGCCGAUGGACAAAGCCCUCUUCUGGAUCGAGUUUGUCAUGAGACACAAAGGAGCUGCUCACCUGAAAGCUCAGUCCUACAACAUGUCAUGGUUCACCUACCACUCUGUAGAUGUGGUUCUGUUCCUGACUGCAGCGGUGCUGCUCGUGCUUUUGACCUCCUUCAUGUUCAUCAGGUGUUUAUUCAGAGCACUUUGUAAACGUAAAGUGAAACAUGAAUAGAGAUCUCAGUAGUAAAAGUAGUAAAGAAAAUGUCUUUUUCCGCUGAGUUUUUUAGUUUUCCUGCAUGUCAAUAUAUUGUAUUUUUUUCCUGAAAAAGAAUAAAUGUUUUAAUUAAACAAA